CCCUCUUCCCAUCUUGCCACCUCGUACGCAUCGCGCUGCUCCCCUGCUCCCGUUCAAAGCAACGCACGCUUCGACUCUCCUCCGCCUCCCCACCGAUGGAACCCGCAGCCAUGUCGAGAUUUCCGUGCUCCGCCAUCUCCCCGGUCUGCCAAUCAUCCGCUCCGCUUCUCCCCGCCCGAUUCGCCGUACAACCCCGCCGCGCGCCGGCCGUCUGGACCCUCUCUGCCGCCAGGCCGCUCGUCGCGCGGUGCGCCGCCGGAGACAAGAUCGAGGCCGAGACGCCCAUCGAGAAAAGGUUUCCUGCCUUCCCGACUGUCAUGGACAUCAACCAGAUCCGCGAUAUCCUGCCCCACAGGUUCCCUUUCCUUCUAGUUGACAGAGUGAUCGAUUACAAACCAGGCGAAUAUGCUGUUGCGAUCAAGAAUGUGACAAUAAAUGAUAACUUCUUCCCAGGACAUUUCCCGGACCGACCCAUAAUGCCUGGUGUUCUCAUGGUUGAGGCAAUGGCCCAGGUUGGAGGUAUUGUGAUGUUGCAACCUGAAGUAGGUGGAUCUCGAGAGAACUUCUUUUUUGCAGGGAUUGAUAAAGUGAGGUUCCGGAAGCCUGUAAUUGCUGGAGACACCUUGAUUAUGAGAAUGACUCUGAUCAAGUUACAGAAGAGAUUUGGAAUCGCGAAGAUGGAAGGAAAAGCUUAUGUUGGUGCCGACUUAGUAUGCGAAGGGGAGUUCUUGAUGGCUACUGGAUCAGAGUAAAGGCAGGAGAUAUAUUUAUACAUAAAUUUUCAAUUUAGUGUGAAGUCAUAUUUAGUGCCCCCCUCAAUCUAAGUUUUGAACUGGGCCUGUAAUAGCGAUAUGAUGUCUUCGCCUUUCCAGUAUCUUGGUCGAAUGUUGCUGCUUAAUGCAGGAGUAUCAGGACUGUAGGGUUACAAGUUACAACUGCUGUUGAUGGAACAAAUCAAUACUUAUCCGUUGGUGUUACCAUUUCCAUGCAUGAA